AGAAGAAGAUGAAAGAGCAGUAGUUAUUGUUAUAAGUGAUUCUAAUGUCAGAGAAGAAGAUGCAGAGCAAAGAUACAUACUGGUUCAUCUCCUUUCCAACCUGAGAAACAUCUUAAUUAUUUGAAAUGGGUCAGGUCUUAUCCAACCUGAUAAGCAUUUUAUUUGGAAGAAAAAAGAAAGUAAAGAAAAUAAGUGAUGAAGAGAAUGGAUACCAAGCACUUGCUGACUGCGAAGAGGUGAAGUCAAUCCAUCCUUCUUCCGAUUAUGGAAACACCAGAGUUUCAGAAGAAGAUGAAGAAGCAGUAGUUUUUGUUAUAAGUGAUUCUAAUGUCAGAGAAGAUGUAGACCCAUCUCCUCCUCCUCCUGUUUCUUGUUACCAAAAGACCAGGAUUUCAUCAGAAGAUGAAAGGGUAACCAUCAUUGUUGACAAUGGUGUUGAGGCUGUAAAAAAGAUUAAACCUAUCCUUCAUCUCUCUACUGCCGAUAAGAUCAGAGUUCCAAAGGAUGGUUUAGGAGCGAAGAAAACCAACAGAAGAGUCUUGCAAAAGGAAAAAAGGAUAAAACACUACUUCAGUUCUCACAAGAUACUGCUGGUUGGGGAGGGAGAUUUCUCUUUCUCUGCUUGUUUGGUUAAGGUUUUUGGUUCUGCUGCUAACAUGGUUGCCACUUCUCUCAAUUCAGAAGAUUUCUUAAAGGAAAACUACAGCAAUGCCAUGUCUAACAUCAAUGAUUUGAAGAGUAGAGGAUGUAUGGUUCUUCAUGGAAUUGAUGCUACAAAUAUGUCUGGAAAUCAGUUCCUCAAGGGCUUGAGAUUUGAUCGGAUUGUCUUUAACUUCCCCUAUGCUGGUUUUUUUAAAAAAGAGACACGGGAGUCCCAACUCAGUCGACACCAAAAGCUGGUCACCUUGUUCUUCAAGAAUGCCAAGAAGAUGCUUUCGGAAGAUGGAGAAAUCCAUGUCUCUCACAAAUCAAACGGGUUCCAUUCUGAAUGGAAUAUAGUAUCUCUAGCCUCACUUAGUGGCCUCAAUUUUAUAAAAGAAGUGAAAUUUAAUGUGAAUUCUUAUCAAGGUUACAAUACUAAAAGAGGAUUUGGAGGAGAUGAGAACUUUGAUUGCAACCCCAGUCAGACUUACAUGUUUGGACUGGGAUAGAGACCACCCAUGGAUGAUGAAACAGACUCAUGAGCUGUAUAUAUCUUGAAUGAGUUUAGUAAUGUUGUGCAUUUAUGGGGUGUUUUCAAAGAAAAUAAACAUACGUUUUCA